AUGCCAGCACAAAAAGGAGUACAAGCCCUUGUAUCAAAGUUUCGUCUUUCUCCAGGUAACCCAAUGUUCCUGAAAUCUAGUUCAGAUUUAUUCAGCUUCACUUCUUCAGACAAAGAAUAUCUGGAAGGUUAUGAGAUAAAGGUCAAAAGCGCCGCAGGAGUUAUCAAAUUCACUCUCUUGAAAGGUGAUCAACCGCCUAAAUAUGAAAUCAGUUCUUUCCUUGGAAUCAUUUUGGAACACCGUGAAGAUCCAAGUAAUACGCCGAUGCCGCCGUCUUCGAGUCGCCGUCAUGCAGUGGACAAUGGCAAGGGAGAAGAAGCGAAGUCUGUCACCAAUGACACAGUUUUCGCACGAAUUCAGGAUUACUUUGGAAAACAAAUGCACGUUGGCAGUUAUGGCUCAACAUUCAAACCAUCGAAGAUUGAGAUAAACGAGACCAAUGUGAAGAAGGGUCAAGUCUACGGUAUUUACCUCGUUUCCAACACCACUUCUUCUGUAUAA